AUGGCUAUUCAUCGAUUAUAUUCAAGAAAUACAAUUUUUAGCCAAGUUCUAUUUUGGUUUGUUAUUGGACUACAUGUGGCUGAUCAGAGCUCAUUACCACUCAAAUAUGAAGCUCCUGAUGAUUGUCAGUGGUGGCUACGAGGACCAAACGAUGCUCACGAGGUUUCGCUCACGUGCAAGCUCCGUACUAUAAAUAGUGAAUUCGACACUACAAAUUUUAGUGUCAUACCAUCAGAGCAUACAACUUCGUUGCGAAUAGAAUGUAAUGAAGAAAUGAUGUAUAAAAGUUCAUUAGAUGACCGUAGUUUUGCGCAUUUGAUCAAACUACGUGAACUUGUUUUGGAUAACUGUAAAAUUGGAAGAUGGCCGCCUGGCGUACUUUCCGGCUUGAGAGAUCUACGAAAUUUAACGAUUAGGACCAAGAACACAGAAUGGGCCGCAAUGAGUUUAGAGAUCGCAUCGGAAAGCUUUACGGCUGUUCGUCAGUUGGAAAAGUUGGAUUUGAGUUUCAAUAAUAUUUGGUCGUUUCCUGAGAACUUAUUUUGUCCUUUGACAAACUUAGUGUAUUUAAACGUUUCUUCAAAUAGACUACAAGAUGUAAGUGACUUAGGAUUUAGAGAGAGAGCAAUGCACCAAGCUCUAAUUAGUGAACAUGAAGGACCAUCACCAUCCACUUCAACAUUACCUCAUUCCUCGUGCUCUUUAGAUAUAGAAGUGCUAGAUGCGUCAAGCAAUCAUUUCGUGCUUAUGCCAGAAAAUGGUUUUAUGGCUUUACGGAGACUCAAAGAGCUCCAUAUACACGAUAAUGAAAUUUCUAUGGUUGCUGACAAAGCUCUAUCAGGGUUGAAACAAUUGCAAAUAAUAGAUUUAUCAAAUAAUAAGAUAGUCGCCCUACCACAAGAUUUGUUUAGAGAUUGCAGACCAGUGAUUAAAGAGAUAUAUUUACAAAAUAAUUCUAUAAGUGUACUCUCACCGAGUCUUUUCGCUAACUUAGAUCAGCUGUUAGCGUUAGAUUUGUCUAAUAACCAUUUAACAAGCACUUGGAUUAAUGAAAACACUUUUACUGGUCUUAUAAGAAUGGUACUUUUAAACUUAUCAAAUAAUAGAUUAACCAAAUUGGACCCUAAAAUAUUUAAAGAUCUUUACACGCUUCAAAUAUUAAACGUACAACACAACAUGUUGGAAUCCAUUGCAGCUGACACAUUUGCACCGAUGAAUAAUUUGCAUACUCUCAUUUUAUCAUAUAAUAAAAUAUCACAUAUCGAUGCCUACGCUUUAAAUGGCUUGUAUGUACUGUCACUGCUAUCUAUAGAUAACAACCAUCUAGAAGAACUUCACCCCGAGGCAUUUCGAAAUACUUCCUCUUUGCAAGAUUUGAAUUUAAAUGGAAAUCGCUUAAAGAAAGUGCCCAUAGCGCUACGAAAUAUGCGCUUACUAAGAACACUUGAUCUCGGUGAGAAUCAGAUAACUUCAUUGGAAGAACCCGGCUUUGUCGGUUUACAUAAUGUAUAUGGGCUACGGCUUAUUGGCAAUAAAAUUGAAAAUAUAAGCAAAGACGUAUUUACAGACUUGCCAACGUUACAAAUUUUAAACUUGGCACGUAAUAAGUUAAAGCACAUCGAUGUAAAUGCUUUUGAAACUUUAACAAAUUUACAAGCCGUAAGAUUAGAUGCUAACCGACUCACUGAUAUUCAAGGACUUUUUGUAAAUAUACCUACUUUGUUGUGGUUAAACGUGUCAGAUAACCAAAUAGAAUGGUUUGAUUAUACUAUGAUUCCCUCGGGGCUACAGUGGUUAGACGUUCACAGCAAUAACAUCAAAGAAUUAAGCAAUAACUAUCGUUUAGACAAAGAACUGCGACUUCAAACGUUAGACGCAAGCUUUAAUAAAAUGACAAAAAUAUCCACUUUUUCAAUUCCCAGCAGUAUUGAGCUGCUUUUCUUGAAUGAUAAUCAAAUUACACAAGUUGAAGCUCAAACUUUUGUUGGAAAAACCAAUUUAACGAGAGUCGAUUUGUAUGCAAAUCAGAUAACUAGUAUGGACCUUAAUGCGUUGCGUUUGACUCCAGUUGAUCCAGGAAGACCUCUUCCCGAAUUUUAUAUUGGUGGAAAUCCAUUUCAAUGUGAUUGUACUAUGGAGUGGUUACAACGUAUCAACAAGCUCGAUCACUUGAGACAACAUCCUAGAGUUAUGGACUUAGAAAGUAUAUAUUGUAAGUUACUGUACAACCGUGAAAGAACUUACAUUCCACUCAUCGAAGCGGAAUCAUCUCAGUUUCUGUGUACAUACAAAACUCACUGUUUUACAUUGUGCCAUUGUUGUGAUUUUGACGCGUGUGAUUGUGAAAUGACGUGUCCAUUGAACUGUACGUGUUAUCACGACCAGCCGUGGUCAGCGAAUAUUGUGGACUGUUCCGCUGCCGGCUACUCUGAAAUACCUAACACUAUACCUAUGGACGCUACUGAACUAUAUUUAGAUGGCAAUAAUUUUGGUGGUUUAACAAGUCACGCUUUUAUUGGCCGUAAAAAUUUAAAAAUAUUAUACGCGAACAAUUCGAAUAUUGAUGCACUUUAUAAUAAUACGUUUAGUGGACUAAAACGCUUAACUGUGUUACACUUAGAAAAAAAUAACAUAAAAGAGCUGCUAGGCUUUGAAUUAUCACCCCUUGAGAAUUUACGUGAGUUACAUCUGCAAGACAAUAAAAUAUACUAUAUCGACAAUCGCACGUUCAUGGAGUUGAGGCAUUUAGAAGUACUGCGAUUGGAGGGAAAUAAUAUUUAUAGCUUCGCUGUAUGGCAAUUCACGUUGAAUCCGUAUUUGGUAGAAAUAAGUCUUUCUCGUAAUUCUUGGUCUUGCGACUGUCAGUAUAUGAACAAAUUUCGAAAUUGGUUUAAGAAUAAUAUAGGCAAAGUUGAAGAUUCCGAUAAAAUCACAUGCGUAUUUGACAACGUAACGAACGCAGUCGGGCCCCAUAUGUCAGAUUUUAAUUCUACAAUUUGUACAAGUCACGUCGGUGGAAGCUCGUCUAUAAUUGAAAACCAAGUAAUAAAUGAUUAUCUGCCAUUACUAUUAAUAUCACUUUUUGUAUUUAUUCUGAGCUCCGUUUUAAUAUGUGGAAUAUUUUACUGGCGUCGAGAGCUAAGAGUAUGGAUUUAUUACCACUGUGGAUUCAGAAUGUGCUAUAAAAGUACUACUUUCGACGAGGAAGCCGACAAGGAUAGGUUAUUCGACGCCUACAUUAGUUAUAGCGUAAAAGACGAAGCAUUCGUCGCUCAGAUGCUAGCGCCCGGUCUGGAAUCAACGGACCCGAGUUUCCGGCUCUGCCUACAUUACCGUGACUUUAACGCGUCAACCUACGUAGCCGAUACUAUUAUUGAAGCUGUAGAAUCUUCGAAACGAACUAUUAUAGUCCUUUCUAAGAAUUUCAUAAAUAACGAGUGGUGUCGAUUUGAAUUCAAAACCGCAUUACACGAAGUGUUAAAAGAGAGACGAAGAAGACUGAUAAUAAUAUUGUUAGGUGAUCUUCCGAAACGGGAUAUCGAUCCCGAGUUGAGGUUGUGUUUGAAAGCGAAUACGUGUAUCGAGUGGGGAGAUAGACAAUUUUGGCAAAAAUUAAGGUUUGCGAUGCCGGACUUGCGGAAGUGUCAAUAUCACCGGUCGACAGUGAAUAUUUACGCGUCAGUGUCACCGGUGGGGGCUGGGCGGGCGCCUGCGCCUCCCCCACCACCUCCGGGCAAGCUGCCUCCGCUGCUAGCAGACGGUUUGGCCGAGCGGCUGGCAUCGCCCGCCGGCCUGCACGUGCGCGACCCACGCAUGCCACCCCACGCCCAGCUCUGGGCG